AUUUUGUUGAUUACAUUGAAAAACAGUAGUGCUGAUUAGGCAACUAAAGAUACCUAUUUGACAUGAUAAGAUCAGUUUGUUAGCGAACGGCUUAGCGUGAAUUGUUCGCGAAUAUAAAAAAAAAAUUCACGUUAGGAAUUGUAAGAAUAAAGCUGACGUAAAUGAGCUGAUGUCUAUCGGUAUUACUUGUUGCAUGUUGGAUAAACGGAUAUCGCCAUUCGUUUUUGUCAGAAACGAUCGAUACCGCCGCCGUCGUAAAGCGGCCUCUUGCGUUAGUUAGGGCCCCUCUAAGGUCCUUUAGGGUCGAAAAUAGCACAAAACAAAGGCGAUCUCGGGCAGUGGCUCUAACCGCGUCGAAUGGUGCGGGGGUGAACGGGGUCAGAGAAGUUGGUAACCGAGAGUCGAGGGCCAUGGGUUGGGACAAACGGGAAAGGUAAACAGAACGGUGUCAGGGUUAACUUUCGUAGACAGCAGCAGCCUGAACGGUGCGCGUGCGUCCAGUUGUUCAAUCGCAGCUGUUCGUAGACGACGUCGUCUACGUUAUAUACGUUACACGUAUAUCUAUAUACAUGUGUAUGUAUGUCGGAUGAGACGUGCGGUCGAAAUGGACGUCGGCCGACGCCGAUGUAUUCCUCUUCGGGGUGGUGAGUCGACGACGCGGUGGUAGUCGACGAUUUUUCGUCGUUAUCCUUCUUCUCCUCCUCCACCUGGUCCCUCGGUUCACCUCCGCCUCCACCUCCUUUUUGAUCGAGUGCCGAUUAUGUGAAUCGCCAUAGAUGGAAGACAACAACAAGGGGGCUAAGCAGCGGACGCGUUCAAAUUCGGCGAGGGUUCUCGUCUUCGACGAGCCGGCCUCUACGCCCCAACAGCAAAAACCCAAAUGUUGGCACCACGGCUCUGCCCAUACCCAGGGGGCGCCCAACGCAGACGCACAACCCGUGCCCCAUUCCAAUCUAGUGCGUUUCCACAAUUCUGCCCUUGGAAAAUCGGCACCAUCCUUAUCCGCAAAUAUGAAGGAUGUGUGGAUUGGAAGAAGAAAUAGUAGACCAGCGGUAGUACACAGACUAAGUUUUGUGGCGAAUACAUCACCUACAUUACCUAGAUCUCAUUCACCAAUAUGUGGGAGCCCAAUAGACAGUCCACGUACUCAUUCGAGUUAUUUAAACUUUUCUUUCGUCCCGAUAAAACGGAUACCCGUGGGGUAUAGGGGCGAUGGCAGACGAUGGUCAGUAGCAUCGUUGCCUUCGUCCGGUUACGGUACAACUCCUGGGAGCUCGAACAUGUCAUCAAAAUGCUCGAGCCACGAGAAGUUGCACCAACUACCCCAUUUUCCGACAUCGGACGAUAUGCGCUUAUUGACACAUCAUUUCUCCAGUAACGAAAGUAACACGUCAUUACCCGGUAUUAAUUAUGACGAAACGGUUACGCACAGGUCACCCUUGCAUAGGCCGCGUUCUCGAAGUCUGAGUAGUCCGAGUAGAUCUCCAAUUGUCGAUAAUGAAAUAUCUAUGAUGAACGUACUAUAUAAAGAGCGAUUUCCGAAGGCAACGCAACAAAUGGAAGAGCGGUUGGGAAAUUUUAUAGAGGAACAUAAAUUGGUCGACGCGGAAGAAAACUGUGAUUUUUUACCGAUCGUUAGAUUCGUUCAUCACCAAGUACUCGAGAUGGCUAGAGAUUGUUUGAAUAAAUCUCACAAUAAAUUAAUAACCAGUCGAUAUUUUUACGAGAUGUCCGAAAAUUUGGAGCGCUUACUAACCGAGACCAAAGAAAAAUCAGAAGAAGCCGCUACGCAGGUUACAGGAAUAAUAAAAAAGCUUCUUUUAAUUAUUUCUAGACCCGCUCGACUUCUUGAGUGCUUAGAAUUCGACCCGGAAGAAUUUUAUCACUUUUUAGAGGCGGCUGAAGGCCAAGUCAAGGUUACACAGGGUAUUAAAGCUGAUAUUCCGCAAUAUAUCAUUCAAAAGCUGGGGUUGAACCGAGAUCCCAUUGCCGAAUUACAACGCGAACUUCGAGAUUGCAAUUGGCCGUCGGGAGAUGCACGUUCCGCGGCAGUUUGUCUUACUUCAACGCCAAAUUGUAAAAAGUUCGGCUCGACGGUACCUAGCGAACAGAAUUUUGAAGUAAUCAAACUUAUUUCAAACGGCGCUUACGGCGCCGUAUAUCUUGUCAAACACAAACAAACCCGACAGAGAUUCGCAAUGAAAAAAAUCAAUAAAAACAACCUUAUGUUACGCAAUCAAGUCGAGCAAGUUUUCGCUGAAAGAGAUAUUCUCAGUUUCGCGGACAACCCAUUCGUUGUUAGCAUGUAUUGUAGCUUUGAAACAAAAAAACAUUUAUGUUUGGUUAUGGAGUAUGUUGAAGGCGGAGAUUGCGCCAGUUUAUUGCGAAAUACCGGCCCUCUUCCGCCUGAUAUGGCAAGAUUUUAUUUCGCGGAAACUGUACUCGCUGUUGAAUAUUUACAUAGUUAUGGAAUUGUACAUAGGGAUCUUAAGCCUGAUAAUCUUUUAAUUACCGCUUUGGGGCAUAUCAAACUCACCGAUUUUGGGUUAAGCAAAAUGGGCUUAAUGUCACUUGCUACAAAUUUAUAUGAGGGGUACAUUGAUUGCGAAACAAAACAGUUUUCUGAUAAACAAGUAUUUGGUACGCCUGAGUAUAUCGCCCCAGAAGUAAUUUUGCGUCAAGGUUAUGGAAAACCCGUGGAUUGGUGGUCGAUGGGAAUAAUACUUUAUGAAUUCCUUAUUGGUUGUGUUCCAUUUUUUGGAGAAACUCCAGAAGAAUUAUUUGCGCAUACCGUUAAUGAUGAUAUUGAAUGGCCCGAUAAUGACGAUUGGAGUGUUCAAGAAGAGGCUAAAGAUUUAAUAACGGUCCUUUUGCAACAUUUACCCCGCGAUCGGUUAGGUACAGGAGGUGCUCAGGAGGUAAAAGAACACUGUUAUUUUAGUGGUCUGGAUUGGAACUCACUUUUAAGGCAAAAAGCGGAAUUUGUUCCGCAAUUAGACAACGAUGAAGACACUAGUUACUUCGAUAGUAGAAUAGACCGUUAUAAUCACGACUUGGAGGACGACACGGAUGAUACGGACGAUUCCCCAGUUUUCGGGUUGUUUUCGUCGUGUUCGCCGCAAUAUCGCAAAGCGCAGUCCACGUCUAAAACAACAACCACCACCACCACAGAGUCGGAAAGUAACAGCGAAUCCAUUCGAAUCACUACUUCCGUUGUUACAACUCCAGAUACACCAGAAAAUCCUGAUUUUAAAGCUAAAAUUAGGCCUAAUGUGUUAACUCCCGAAAAGGACUACUCAGAUUUGGUUCCGAUUGAGCAUAGGAAAAUUACUUUGACCUUUAAUAAGACGGUUAGUACGCCUGAAUCGUCUCAAACGGAUAGUGAUGAUGUAUCACCUCAGAUACAACGUAGGAGAAAAACUGGACACGCCAGGGAUAUUCUACCAAAGUUUUCCAUUUCCGUCGAAGAUGAAUAUAACGGAAUUAAUAAAGAUAUAAGAAGAAAUGUUAUCCAAUUUUGGCCUUCUUUUAAAAGCAAACUAGAUACAAGUUCAUCUAACGAAAACAUCAGGGAAUUAUGUCCAAAAAUGUCCGCUCCUAUCGCAUUACCCAACAAACAUCGGUCACGAGCCGUUGUAAAAAGCGCCUCAGCUUCAGGUUUAUCGCUCAUCAUACCAUCGGAUGAUUUUCAAACGCAUCCAGUCGGAGUGCACUCACCGAACGGAGGUGGUGGAUCAAGUACCGCUAGUUCAAGAGAUACUUCACCAUGUCGCGAAUUAUCACCGCUUGUUACAAACUUGAAACCCCCGAUAAUAAUUAGGAGAGGCCCUAAAGGAUUCGGAUUCACGGUUCAUACAAUACGCGUUUAUUACGGGGAUACCGAUUUUUAUACUAUGCACCAUUUGGUUAUGGCUGUAGAUGAAGGUAGUCCAGCUUUUGAAGCGGGUCUUCGACCAGCUGAUUUGAUAACUCACGUCAAUGGAGAAGCGGUACAAGGACUUUAUCAUACUCAAGUGCUUCAAUUGUUGUUGGGCGGAGCUGAACACGUUAGUUUGAGAGCAACCCCGCUUGAUCAGACUUCGAUACAAACCGGGGGACGUAAACGGGAACCUGGCCAAAGUAAACUUGCCAAGCGCAGCUUGAAUCGGCAACGAAAACAGAAACGAGAUAACGAGAAACGGCGAAAAACGUCGUUGUUUCGUAGAAUAAGCAGUAAAAGGGCUAGUGUUGAAAUGCAACAGAUGGCAGCUAGUAUACAAUCACCGUUAACUGUAACUCCAAGUAGAAGUUUUUCGUCGUUCCCAAGAUCGCAAGAUGGCCCUCAAAGUACCGUUCGUAACACCUCUUCCAAUCGUUCAAGUUUGUCACCGUCGGAUUCGUUCAAUCAACACUCAAGCAGUUCAUCUUCUCAAACACCAUCGACAUCUCCGAGCCCAACUCCAGCAACUAGUGGACGAAAUGCGAAACAACACUAUCAACAACGUCCAUCCACCUUGCACGGGUUAAAGCACAAGCUUCAUUCGAGUUCUUGUAGCAAAUCUUUGCAUGCGGCGAGUCCUUCCUGUCCCGCUAACGUCCCCGGUCGGAGGAAAUCGGUGGGACAUAUUCCUUUAUCGCCUUUAGCUAGAACUCCUUCUCCUUCCCCCCUCCCUGCAUCUCCAACAAGAUCUCCGAGCCCUCUCGCUUUUCCUGUAGGUCACCAACCAGGAAGUUCAAACACCACGCAAUCAUACAGUCCAAGCGCAGGUACAGCUCCGGUUAAUACAACGUGUGGUCAAUCAAAGAAAAGUUUUGUUCGUCCUAAAAGUACAGAACCAGGAUCUCCGCUGCUUAGAAGAGCUUUAUCUCCAGAUCGGUUACAUCCGAGAAGCGCGGAAAGCAAAUGUUCCCAUAUUUCACCUUUGUGUUCAUCAGGAAACGCCGUAUCUGGGGUAAAAACUCACCCGGGCAGAAUUGGGGGAGCUGGAGCGGUAUGGCGACCCGCUUCAACUCACGAACGCGAUAAAGAUAAUGAGCCAGAAACGAAUGUUCCAUCGAUCGAGGCUUCGAAUAACAUGUCUAACAACGAGAAUCGAUUGUCGUUAUCGUUGGCUGCUCCGGGCGAGUUGUUACCUCGAAUUGCUGAAGAAAAGGAUAGCCCAACUAACGGCCAAGAAAAGAAACCGAGUAAAUGUGAUAAACAAGUAGAGAAAGUGGAAAAACCGGAUAAAUUAAAGACCCAAACUGAUACUAAAAAUACUAAAAAGUGAUUUUAAUUGCACUUGUAAUAUAUAUUUUAUUAUGUUAGGUUAAUUUUGUGUCAAGUUUUUGGAAUUGUUUUAUUUUAUAUUAAAUUGUAUCAAUAAUAAUUAUUUAAUUUAAAAGAAAAUAUCGAAUUGUUCUAAUAAUUGUUAUCGUGAUGUACAUAUAUGUAUUUACACGUGAAAGUAUUCAAUAUCAUGAAUGAUGUAAUUGUAAUUAUAAGAUGUGUGCGCCAUGCCCGUCCAUCGUCCACAAACAAAGACUAAUAAAAGUUUAUUCGCCCAAUACGAGGGCUCACUCAUGUUGUAGCAUAUCUUAAAAAAAAUGAAAACAAAAAAAAAAUUCGCCGUGCUUUGGCGAUGCACCGUAACGAAUGAACGAACAGUUCGAUACUGUUACGUGUACAUUGUGAUAGUUAAUUUUAUGUAAUUUCAAAAUCCUAAAAAAUUAUUAAUUGCUUUAAAUGGUGGAUCACGGGCACAUUGUGAUUCAUGUACAUUUCGUUUAAUCGUAAAGUCAAUAUUAAUUAUUUAUUCUAGCAUUCGUGGCGACUAUAUUUGAUCAGUUCACUUAGCAUCUCACUGGUAUGUCUUUCGUAUUUUAUAAUAGUUGCAGUUGUAUUUAUUGGUUUGAUUUUUAUGAUAGCAGCCCCCGUUCGUCGCUUUUUAUUUUUUAGUUUGUACAUAAUACAAUCAAAUUUUAGAGGGAUAAGGCGUACAAUGUGCAAUCAAUUGUUUCGUUUUGUUUCAAUUCCCAGUAGGUCUGGGUUAUAGAUGUGUACUAUGUUGUGAAAUCGAAGAAUGCUCAUGUAUAAAUAGUACUUAAAAUUGGAUUUAGAAUUUUUAAACCGUCUUCUUUGAUCCGUUUUUGUCGCACCAAUUUCGUUUUCGUGUAAGUUUGUUUCUCUGUGGCAAUAGCGUCGUUUGUAUUUCUACAUUUUCCGCUGGUAGCCCUUUGUAGACGAAUGUACACGAAAUAUAUGGAUCGCUUUGCAAAAUUA